AUGAGCUGGAAACGUCAUGAAGCACUGAAUGAGCAUAGAGAAAUGCAGAAACGGCCAUCAAAAGAAGCAUAUUCUGAUGAAGAUGCGGAUGAUGAAGAAGAUAAUUCCAAGUCUCUACGAACACCCGGAUUAUUUCGUCGAAUAAAGAAAACGGGUUUUUACUGUAGUACUGAGGACGAUAGGUUUCGUUCAUAUACAAACUUAUGUGAAGCUUUCGGGUCUCGAACAAGCUCACACGGCGUUCCACACAUAUGUUCUCGUUCAUUUUUCGGAAGAUAUAUAUGGAGUAUACUUUUCACAUUCUCAGCCGUUUGUUUUAUAGUUCAAACAUAUUGGACAAUGUCUGAAUAUUUACAAUAUCGUACUAUUAUUGAAAUGCAACUUAAGUUUGAAGCAGCCCCUUUUCCGGCUGCUACAGUUUGCAAUUUGAACGCCUUCAAAUAUAGUGAACUUAUUCAAUACAAAGAAAUACGGGAAGGAUUUGAGAUCUGGGAACGAGUGAUAAACGCUCGGGAAAUGAAUGAAGCAUUAAGAGAAGAUCCUAUCAGGAAAGAAAUUGGCAAGCGAGAACUAAAGUUUCCAAUAAGUGAGUACGAUCUUCAAGGAGCUGUUUAUCAGCCAGUGUUUGUUCGUUGUACCUGCAUAAGUACGGAGCAAUGUGUACCAAAUCGUAACCCAUUGGAAGUAAACGCAUCUGUUUGUAUGUGCUUCGAGGAUAUAACACAUGGCUCGAUAUGGCCCUGUUAUCCUACGGCUGCUUGGACCGUGAAACAAUGCUAUCAAUGUUCGAUUUCAAAUACAUGUAGUGAUCCUGAUAGACCGAAUGCCACUCAGCCAAUAGGUGAAGAAGCUCAUACUUGUUUAUGCCAAAGCAUAUCCCAUCAUUGUAUGGUUCAUCCAAAGGAUGAAAUAAAAUGGUGGAACCCGAACAAUUACACUGUUUAUUCGAUGACAGAGCCUCCAACUGAACCUCCUGUUGAGAUGGAGGAUGCUUACGGUCUUGCGGAUCUCAAGGAUCGAGGAGCAAUUACAACACAGACUAAAGAAAAUUUAAUUUUUUUGGUUGCCGCUCUACCGCGCGAAACUCGGAGGAACUUAUCAUACACUCUUUCAGAAUUUGUUUUACGAUGUUCUUUCAAUAGCAAAGAUUGUAAUAUGGAGAGAGAUUUCAAACUACAUAUAGAUCCUGAAUACGGUAACUGCUACACAUUUAAUUUCAAUGACUCUGUCGAAUUGAAAAACUCUAGAGCCGGUCCAAUGUAUGGAUUACGGUUGCUUUUGAAUGUUCAUCAGGACGACUACUUGCCCACAACUGAAGCUGCAGGAGUACGACUCGUUGUUCAUGAACAAGAUCAAGAGCCUUUUCCUGAUACCUUCGGAUAUUCAGCACCUACAGGUUUCGUCUCAUCAUUUGGAUUAAAAACGAAAGUUUUACAUAGAUUAGAUGCGCCAUAUGGGCAUUGCAGUGAUAGUUUUAGACCUGAUCCCUAUAUUUACGAUGAACAUUAUUCGCCUGAGGGUUGUCAUCGGAAUUGCUUCCAAUUGAAAGUAUUGGAAACUUGCAAGUGUGGAGACCCAAGAUUCCCUUUACCUGGAGACGAUUAUCGCUAUUGUAGCGCCAAAAGUGUGCAAGACAGAUCAUGCUUAGCCAAUCUUACUUCAUCAACUGGAGGGUAUCAUCAUUUACAAAUGGAAUGCAAUUGUAGGCAACCUUGUACAGAGAAUGUUUUUGAAACAGCAUAUUCUGCUGCUGCUUGGCCAAGUACAAAUUUCAAACUAGGAGAUGAAUGUCCCGCAGUUGUGGAUAUUUAUAACGAUUCCUUGGCGUGCUCUGAGUAUUAUAGGAUCAACACAGCGUACAUUGAAAUAUACUACGAACAGCUCAACUUCGAAACAUUGAAAGAAACUGCAGGAUAUACGUUGCCUAAUCUUUUUUCUGACUUUGGUGGUAACAUAGGCUUAUACAUUGGUUUUUCUGCUAUUACAAUUUGUGAAUUUGUGGAAGUAUUCUUUGAAUCAAUAGCAUACGUUUUAGUUCGCAAAACACGAAGAUUCCGUGAACGUCGGAAACAAGCCGAACAAAGACUUCGUGUGCCUCGAGUUUUAGUGAAAACAGCUAUAGACCUGCCAUCUAAGCUGACCACAGACACUCAAAUGACAGCUCUUGAUGAAACAGAAGAUCUAUUUGUGCAUGCUUAA